CGAGGUGCGAGGCACGAUGGUGGAAGCGGGGCAGAAGCACAUUGCCGUGGAGAAGAGAAGCUCAUUCUUCCUCACACUCUCCUCUCUCUCCCUCAUACUUUCCCAUUCACACACAACUCACCUUCACCUAAUCAGCGAGGUGCGCGGCACGAUGGUGGAAGCGGGGCAGAAGCGCAUUGCCGUGGAAAAGAGAAGCUCAUUCUUCCUCACACUCUCCUCUCUCCCCCUCAUACUUUCCCAUUCACACACAACUCACCUUCACCUAAUCAGCGAGGUGCGAGGCACGAUGGUGGAAGCGGGGUUGAAGCGCAUUGCCGUGGAGAAGAGAAGCUCAUUCUUCCUCACACUCUCCUCUCUCUCCCUCAUACUUUCCCAUUCACACACAACUCACCUUCACCUAAUCAGCGAGGUGCGAGGCACGAUGGUGGAAGCGGGGUUGAAGCGCAUUGCCGUGGAGAAGCUCACGCGCGAGCAGAUGGACGGCAUGUCGUGGGGGGAGCUGGAGAAGCGUAUCGAGGGGUGGCGCAGGCAGACCCGGCUGGCGGUGCACGUGGUGUUCAUGGCAGAGCGAGAGCUGUGCGAAACAGUGCUGGCAGGGUUGGAGCCGCACACGGGGAAGGCGUUUGCGGACCUGGCGGGGCUCACGCUGGGCAUGCUGUUUGGCUUCGGGGAGGCCGUGGCGCGCAGCAAGAAGUCCCCCGAGAAGGUGUCGGUGCUCAUGGACAUGUACGAGACCAUGCGCGAUCUGAUGCCGCAGGUGGAGGUGGUGUUUGCGGGGUCAGCCUGUGAUGCCAUCCGGGGCAGCGCGCAGCAGCUGCUGCAGCACCUGGCGGCGGCGGCCAAGGAGGCGUUCAACAACUUUGAGCUGGCAGUGGAGAGUGAGGACAGCGACAAGGUGCUGCCCGAUGGGGCCACGCACGGCCUCACCAGCUACGUCGUCAACUACCUCAAAUACCUUUAUGACUACCAGGCGACCAUGCAGGAGCUGUUUGGGCGGGAGAACCUGUUUGGCGAGGCAACGAUCCGCAUCUUCGCGGCACUGCAUGCCAACCUGGAGAGGAAGAGCAAGCUCUACCGCGACCCCGCGCUCACUCAGUUGUUCCUCAUGAACAACGUGCACUACAUCGUGCAUGCCGUGAGAAAGGGCGAGCUGAAGGAGGUGGUGGGGAAGGACUGGAUCGACCGGCAGCGGCGCAUCGUGCAGCAACAUGCCGCGGCGUACCAACGCACAUCGUGGAACAAGAUUUUUGGGCUGCUGACGUCAGCAGGGCUGAAUGCAGACGGCAAGGAGGGCAGUGUGAGCCGCAGCGCUCUCAAAGAGAGGUUCCGUGUGUUCAACGCAACCUUUGAGGAGCUGCAUCGCUCGCAGUGCAUGUGGAAGAUCCCAGACCCCGAGCUGCGGUCCGCCGUGCAGCUGCAGAUCGCUGAGGUCUUGCUGCCCGCGUACCGUGCGUUCGUGCAGCGAUACACUCCGGUGUUGGAGAGCGGCGGUCGGUUUGGGCGCAGCAGCGAGGCGGCCAGCAAGUACAUUCGCUUCACGGAGGAGGGCCUGGACUCGCUGCUCAACGAGUUCUUCCAGGGCAGGGAGAGCCGCAACAUCCUCCUGUCCCAACCCGCUGCCCGCUAG